GGGACGCUAUUAAGCCUUUCAGACUACUACAGCUUGAAUUCCAGCUCUCAGGAAAGACGAGCAUCCCAAUGUAGGCUACAUGGCACAACAUACAUCAUCAAGAAACAGCAGCAAGGAUCGAGUGUAACACCGGAAACGAGGCAAUGUCCCAGCGAGCCGAGUCCUCCCAGUGUGGUGGCGUUGUGGUCGAGUUUGAGCCUGAUGACAUCAGGAAUGCGAGAGCCAAGAAAGCCAGGAGCAUACCAGGUUCAGCACUUAUCUACCUCAAGGGUCCCAAGUUCCUCAUCUAUGUCAGUGGAGCGUUGUCAAUGUGGGGCGACCGAAUGUGGCAUUUUGCCAUCUCUGUGUUCCUGGUCGAGCUGUACGGACGUAACUUGCUGUUGACUGCGGUGUUCGGCUUGGUGGUGGCUGGCUCGGUGCUCCUGCUCGGAGCUUUGAUCGGAGACUGGGUUGACCGCAAUCCCAGGAAUAAAGUUGCACAUGCGUCUCUUUUCAUCCAGAACAUCUCAGUGACAAUUUGCAGCAUUGUGCUUAUGCUGGUCUUCUCAUAUAAGCAAAGGAUUGAGCAGAUCUGGGAUGGCUGGCUGACUGUGGUUUGUUAUACGGUGGUGAUCGUCCUGGCAGAUGUGGCAAACCUUGCAAGCACUGCGCUGACCAUUGCCAUCCAGCGGGACUGGAUCAUAGUCAUCACCGGCUACAACCGCGGCCACCUAGCCGGUAAGAGGAUUCGCCCUCUCGGGAAUGCACGUGGUCGUGGCGAGCGAGCAAGCGCGUUAACCUCGACCUCUCUGAUCCCGACAAAAGGAAUGAAUGCCACCAUGAGGCGGAUAGAUCAGGUGACGAACAUCCUGGCCCCGCUCGCGGUGGGACAGGUUAUGACCCUGGCCUCCAACGUAGUUGGGUGUGGCUUCAUCCUGGGAUGGAACCUCGUGUCUCUCAUUGUGGAGUUCUUCUUCUUGUCGCGGGUGUACCGCAUCGUCCCCGCUCUUUCCGUCAAACCGCCAACGGCGGUGGACCAGGCCACUCUGCAAGGGAUGGACAGGAGAAGAUCACAAGGCGAAGGUCAAGUCGUUCAGCCUCUGGCAGAAGACAACAGCGACGCCAGCCUUCACCUAAACGAAAUCACCUAUCUCCCGCUGUGCUUCCGGAGGUUUCGCUGGCUGGUGAGCACCUGCAAGGACGGAUGGAGGUCUUACUAUCAGCAGCCAGUGUUCCUGGCCGGAAUGGGCCUGGCGUUCCUCUACACCACCGUACUGGGCUUUGAUUGCAUCACCACUGGCUACGCCUACACUCAGGGCAUAAGCGGCUCCCUCCUCAGUUUGCUGAUGGGAGUAUCGGCCAUCACGGGACUGAUGGGCACCGUCAUGUUUACGAGACUGAGGAAGAUGUACGGUCUGAUCAACACCGGCAUCAUCUCCAGCUGCCUCCACCUGGGCUGCUUGCUACUGUGCGUGUGCUCCGUUUUUGCCCCCGGAAGCCCCAUGGAUCUCAGUUUGCUCAUUCCUUACUUUACCUCGAACUCCUCCUCUGAGCUUGGAGGGAUGGCGAGCCAAAGACAAAAACACACGUCUCCUCUGAGAGGAGGCAGCAAUCAACCACUUCUACCCGACCGCUCCUCCAUCCACUGGACCAACAACACUGUGCUUUUUGACAACGUGCCCUCCGGUAGCGCACCGGAAUCUUACAUCUCCAUUAUCCUGUUGUUCAUGGGCGUCAUCACGGCACGCAUCGGUUUGUGGUCCUUUGACCUGACCGUCACCCAGCUGUUGCAGGAGAACAUCUGUGAGUCUGAGCGAGGUGUUGUAAAUGGGGUGCAGAGCUCUAUGAAUUACCUGAUGGACCUGCUCCACUUCAUAAUGGUCAUCUCCGCUCCACAGCCACAGCAUUUUGGCAUCCUAGUUCUCAUUUCUGUGCUCUUCAUCACCACUGGACACACUAUGUACUUCCUGUAUGCGCACAAAGCCAAGAGAAAACGUCACCUGAACACCUAAAGGGGGGAGACGGGGCCCACAAAUGCAAAGCACGAGACGCUUACCAGCACUGAGUCCGCUCUGACCGCGCGAAACGAAUGUCUCCCUCCUGUUCCGUGAAUUAGCCAUUCCGUUCAGCACACAACAGUCAGAGUCUGUCUCACCUCAGCUGCUUCCUUCCUGCAGGGCCUGCGUGUGAUAAAGCAGCAAACCAGAACUCAGGUGCAAAAGAAUGGGAGCAACACUGUAUCAUGAAUAUGAAUGGCCGCUAUAAAUGCAGCAAUGAAACCUCCGGGGGAGACGUCCGAGUGGAAUUUACAACGGCACUCUAUGCCUUCGUAAGCCCCAUAGGAUCACAGCAAGGCUUUCAAUGAACCUUUUCAAGCUUUCUCUAUGGAAGUGGAUGGAUGGUGACAUUUUUUUUUUAGCCUGCACGCACAAAAGAACCAUCGUUGGGAGGAAAAUACUGAUGCAUAGAAAAGAAAGACGUACAGUGCAGUAUACGGAUGUUACUGAUCCACCCACUUGGAAAUGUUCCAGGAUUCCAAUAAAGGGAAAUAAAGGGAAUUACACGAGAUCAUAUGAAAUAAAGCUGAAAUAAAAAUAAGAAAGGCAGCUCCCUUUUGAAUGGACGAAACAUUUUCUUUGCCUGAUUAAUUUUCAUGUGCAUGAAUCCAAAGAACACAUGGCACAUAAAUAAACAUAGGCAUCGACGCUAUAGAACACAACAUUUUUCCUCCAAUGGCUUGUGUAUGUAAAAUAACCAAUAUCAUAGUGUUAGUAAAUAUUUUUCAAAAUGUUUGAAAUCAACACUGUCACAUUUCAAAUGAACCCACCGUGACCUCACCUCGACAAAGAGCAAGAACACAGUCAGUUGGGGAUUAUUUUCAUAUUGCCUCCAUGUACAGUACAUCCCACAACCAGCAUCACCUCUGCAAUAUAUUUGUAUCAUUUUCCUGUGACCUCUACAUAUCGUGUGUUGCCACUGUUUA